CAACAAACAAAAUUGCACAGAAAAAAAAUAAUUUUAAUUUGGAAACAUUUAAAAUUAUUUAAAAAUAGUAGGAUAUAAUGGAAGCUUAUGAUGUAAUUGUGAAUCAACCUGUUGUCAUAGAUAAUGGUUCCGGUAUCGUCAAGGCUGGAUUUGCUGGAGAUCAAAUACCCAAAUGUAUUUUUCCUAAUUAUAUGGGAAGACCAAAGCAUAUACGAGUGAUGGCAGGAGCUUUAGAAGGAGAUAUGUUUGUAGGUCAAAGAGCGGAUGAUCAUCGUGGAUUACUUAGUAUAAAAUAUCCUAUGGAACAUGGAAUUAUCACAGAUUGGAAUGAUAUGGAGAGAAUCUGGACUCAUAUAUACGGAAAGGACCAAUUGUCAACAUUUUCUGAAGAACAUCCUGUUUUAUUGACAGAAGCCCCAUUAAAUCCUCGAAAGAAUCGCGAGAAAUCAGCAGAAAUCUUUUUUGAAACUUUCAAUGUUCCUGCACUUUUUGUUUCAAUGCAAGCAGUUUUAAGCUUAUAUGCUACAGGCAGAGUUACUGGAGUUGUGCUUGAUUCAGGUGAUGGUGUUACACAUUCAGUUCCAAUUUAUGAGGGUUUUGCAAUGCCUCACAGUAUAAUGAGAGUCGAUAUUGCUGGACGAGAUGUAACACGGUACCUUAAAGCUCUGAUUCGAAAAGAAGGCUUCAAUUUUCGCACAACUGCUGAGUUUGAAAUUGUCAAGAUGAUCAAAGAAAAGGUCUGUUAUCUUGCUACUAAUCUUCAGAAAGAAGAAAGUAUGGAUACAGACAAAAUUGGCUACGUGCUUCCCGACGGAAACACUCUUGAGAUUGGUCAAGCACGUUUCCGAGCACCAGAAGUUCUCUUUAGGCCUGAUUUGAUUGGCGAGGAGUGUGAAGGCAUUCACGAAGUAUUGAUGUAUUCAAUUCAGAAAUCUGAUAUGGAUCUGAGAAAAAUGUUAUAUCAAAAUAUUGUACUUAGUGGCGGAUCUACGCUUUUUAAGAACUUUGGUGAUCGAUUACUACAAGAGAUUAAGAAAAACGUGGCCAAGGAUAUGAAAAUUCGAAUUGCGGCACCGCAAGAAAGACUCUACUCAACAUGGAUGGGUGGAUCUAUUUUAGCUUCUCUGGAUACAUUCAAAAAAAUGUGGAUAUCAAAACGCGAGUUUGACGAGGAAGGACAACGCGCAGUCCAUAGAAAGACAUUCUAAAAGAAAAAAAAUCAUCUCAAAUUGUGUUUAAAUUAAUAAAUUUUAAGUUAGGAAAUGUUUAAUGCAUUUGUGGUAAAGAAGAUCGUGCGCAAAACUAAGGCAAAAAUAUCUUUAUAGGAUACUUAUUCUAGUAACAUUAAC